AUGUCUAAAACCGCCACUACUAAACUUGACGUUGAGACUGAAGCCUCCGAAAGAUUUGGUAAAUUGAAUUUGGUUCACUCGGAAGAGGCUCCACGCACUGGUGAUUACGAUACCCAUUUCUAUGCGGGUCAAGACGAAGUAUCAGAGGACGGCAUUCUAAGAAUUAAUUCUGAAUACAGAGCUAAAUCUACUGUACCUGAUUUCUUGCCAACAUGGGAUCCUAGGGAAAAAUUACCACCGUUAGAAUUUCACGAAUACCAUGAUCCUGGUUUGAGAGCUGACCCCAGUUUCCCAAACCUGUUCCCUGAGCAAUUGCAAGAUCAAUACAAGACUAAGAGAAUUACACCAAAAUUGGGUACCGAAGUGAGAGGUGUGCAACUUUCUCAAUUAACCGAUGCAGGUAAGGAUGAGUUGGCUUUGCUAGUGGCACAAAGAGGUAUUGUUGUUUUUAGAGACCAGGAUUUCUCUAAGGCUGGUCCUCAAGGUGUUGUGGAUUAUGCUAAGCAUUUCGGUAAAUUGCAUGUGCAUCAAACUAGUGGUCAUCCAGAGAACGUUCCUGAAUUGCAUAUCACAUAUCGUAGACCGGAUCAUAAGGAAUUUGAAAGGGUUUUCGAACAGGAUAUAAGCUCAAUCUUCUGGCAUACUGAUGUAUCCUACGAGUUGCAACCACCAUCUUACACAUUUUUCAAUGUUCUGGAAGGUCCCAACGGUGGUGGUGACACGUUGUUUGCUGAUGCAUUUGAAGCUUUUGACAGGCUUUCGCCAACUAUGCAAGAAUUCAUCAGCGGUCUUCACGUCAUUCACAGCGCCUACGAGCAAGCUGAAAACUCUAAAGGAGCAGGUGGUGUCCAAAGAAGAUUGCCAACUGCACACAUUCAUCCAUUGGUGAGAGUCCACCCAGUUUUGAAGAGAAAAGCUUUGUUUGUUAACGAAUCUUUCAGUAGAAGAAUUGUCGAGUUGAAAAAACCAGAAUCUGACGCUCUACUAAGAUUCUUAUAUGAUAUAGUGGGUCGUACUCAUGAUUUGCAAUUAAGAGCAAACUGGGAGCCAAAUACUGUGGCUAUCUGGGAUAACCGUAGAGUUCAACAUUCUGCUGUGGUGGACUGGGAAGAACCAGUUCACAGACACGCCUUUAGAAUCACUCCUCAAGGUGAAAGACCUGUUGAGGAUUUGAAAUAUUUGAACGAUAAAAACUAUUACGGUGAAGAGGUUCCACGUUAG